GUGGCUGAGGCACCUGGGGGCUAAUUACUGGGUCAAUCAAAGAGAGCAUGGAGAUGGCCAUCCAGCAAAAAGGGGGCUGCACGCAUGCUGGGAGAAGGAGACAACACAAAAAAACAAGUUUUGGGUGGACAGGAGAUCAAAUGGCAAAGGACACUGGAGUCUAUGAUAAAGAGUUUGGCGCAGAUGUAAGCUCAGAAGCAUGAAGACAGCCUCUGAGCCAAGAUGCCCCGCUCUGCAGCCAAGACCCAAGCUGACAAGCGUAGAGGUAGGUUGCCAGUCCACGUGACCACAUCUCCACCGCAGGACCUGGAGUUGGAAGAUAUCAUCCCUGGUCGCUUAACUCAGGCCCAGUGGAUGGACAUGUUGAUCCAGGAGGAUGCAGAUGAGACAGUGGGGGAGAUCAUGGAAGAACUGCUGAGCAAGGUCAUGGAAGGCUGUUUAAAGGUGUACAUUGAAAGACAGCUAGAACCUUUCUCCGCAUCCUGGGCCAAGAGCUACCUCGUGCAGAUUUUAGAGCAGCAAAUCCUGUGCUUAGAUGAAGGAGAAGGACCAGAGGAAGCAUCUAAAACAGAAGACUUGGAGCCUAUGCCAGGAACUUCAGAUGCUUGGGCUCAAGGAUGUUUACCUGUUGUAAAUGCUACCCCUCAGCCUGACCCCGCCUCACAACAGGAGGCUGGCAUUGUUCAGGUCCCAGCACAAACAAAGCCAAGACUCAACCAGCAAUGUAAUGUUGUGGCUCACACAAGCAGCUUUCCAAAGCAAUUUGAAAAGGAAACAAGUCCCAGGAGGCCUGUCAGUGACAAGUGCUAUAAAGUACUUUUUCCUCGCUCCCCACCAAAAGUUAAUCAAAGGAAAAAGCAGCAGGUUUAUUUACCUCCCAAGCCUGUUGCAGGUAAAUUACUGCCAUCCCUGUCCUGUUCAGCAGAGAAAAAGGCUGUGGAGGUAAAGAGUAAAAAUAGAACAGAUUCUGUUUAUAACCAUAUGACUGGAUCAAUAUAUCAGCAUAAGGACUACCAACCCAUACCAAGGCUUGAUCACUCCCUCCUGCCUCGACACUGCAUCUUUCCUCAGUAUGAGAUUGUGGAUAAUAACUACACAAGAUCCAACUCCAAGAAACCGAGUGGACUAUCCAAACUAGAACGAAGAUAUAACAAGCAGCAAACUGAGUGGACUGUAACAUCACUGAAGCCACUAAACAGCUCCAAGGAUCAGCCAGCAAAGGUUCAGAAGAGAAAUGAAGCAGAUGUCUGGCUGAAGAGAUUGUCUCCCUCUAUACAUAGAAGGGAAGGGAUGGUGUCCUCUUGGCCUCUGAGGAUGGACACAAUGGAUUUGGCCAAGGGUGUUUCUCUCCUGGACCCCCAGGCAGUUGAAAUGAACCCUUUCAAAUGUAACCCUCCGGCCCAGUCUACCAAGCUGAAGCUGAUACACAGUGAUGUAGCUAUGCCACUGCUUUCAGUUGACCAGGUUACCACAGGUCCACCACCUCGCAUCAUGCCAUUGUUUGAGUCAAAGAACUGGGACAACUGAUUAUAAAAUUUUGUGAUAAUUCAUGUAUGUCACUGUAUUAAGAGCAGAAUGAGUUAUAGCCAUAUCAUAUCAUAUGUUAAUGAAACAAAAAUAUCCCUUUAAUACAAGAAUAUGUCAUACAAUGUCUAGGUUAUGACAGAUGGUUAUAUAUGUUUUGAAAAGAUUUUGGCUCACUCCAUUUUCCCCAUGCAUUGUUUGCAGUUAGUGAGAUACAAUAUACAUGUAUUAAAAUAUAUGACCUGAUAAACUGGGAA